CCUAUGCCAGAAAGGAGCGCGGGGAGGACUGCGUUUCCCAGAGUGCAGCGGGGGUCGCGAGGGAAGGUAGGGGGGAAGGGACAGUCGGUCGCCGACCGCGCUGGGUUGCCGCCGCCGCUGCCGCCAUCGUGCCAGCCCCUCGGGUUUCAACGAGGCUGGGAGACGCUCCAGAAUGGGAGACAAGCCAAUUUGGGAGCAGAUUGGAUCCAGCUUCAUUCAACAUUACUACCAGUUAUUUGAUAACGACAGAACCCAACUAGGCGCAAUUUACAUUGACGCAUCAUGCCUUACGUGGGAAGGACAGCAAUUCCAGGGGAAAGCUGCCAUUGUGGAGAAGUUGUCUAGCCUUCCGUUCCAGAAAAUCCAGCACAGCAUCACGGCACAGGACCACCAGCCCACGCCAGAUAGCUGCAUCCUCAGCAUGGUUGUGGGCCAGCUUAAGGCCGAUGAAGACCCCAUCAUGGGGUUCCACCAGAUGUUCCUAUUGAAGAACAUCAAUGAUGCUUGGGUUUGCACCAAUGACAUGUUCAGGCUUGCCCUGCACAACUUCGGCUGACCUCCUCCCAGCCAGGCACUCAUGCUGUUUCCUCCUCCCUCCUCUUCCAGAUACUAUUCACACUCCUCCAGAUGCUCCAAAUAUCAUACACAAACGAGCAGGACCGAGGUGGGAGCGGGCGCAGUGCGCUGCUGCUACCUAGGUAUUGUGCAUGAUGUUUGGACGCUAGACUAGUUACAUCUGACAGGAGAAGUUUGUGUUGUACCAGCGCAUGCCUUGGAAAGACUUAAUGCAAAAGGUUGUCUUUUUUUUUUUUUUUUUUUUUUUUUUAAUCUACUGACAAGUUGCUCUAGUAACCCAAAGAAGUGAAGGAGAAAGCAGCUGCCUCACCGUCCAGAUAUUGAUUUGUUCAGAUGUUUCAAUGCCUCAUGAUACAAUAAAACCACAAAAAUUUUCUUAACAGUU